UUCAACGUCGGCGGUUCGUGGCUGGGAAAACGCGGAAGCCCCCGACUCGGGCCCCUACACACUCACACCCGUACACACGUACACACCCAUACACACGCAAGCAGUGACAGUGUGCUCCAUAUGUGUAAUCAAAAAGCGUUCGGAGCCCCGCACUAAGAGCAAGCGUUUAUAUAUAGAAAAUAUCUACGCACAGCUGAGGAAAACUAAAAUACCAAAAUAAAUUACGAGAAUCACAGCUUGUCCACUUUGCCGACCCGAAAUGAAAAGUUACAUUUUCUGUGGUGUUUACGUGGCCUGCGAGUGUAGGCAAUAAUCACGGUUAUUGUUAUUAUUAUUUCCAUUACGAAUACGCCCAGUGUGUCGUCGGUCGGUCCGUCGGUUCGGUUUGUGGUGAAAAUAAAGAGCGAAAAGAAAAGCAAGAAAGAAAAUCCCGUCGCUGCCGGCGUCGCUGUCGGCGCUGCGACUCCACCCAAAAUUGUAUAUCAAUUUUAAGGUGUUCUCCUCUGCUUAGAGUGCGGUGCGGCCCGGAGAAGCGCCCUGUCGAUGCCAUAGUGUCCAGAUCCAUACCCAAUCCCAGCGAGAAUCGUCGUAGCGAAACAACAAGGAAAAUGCGAGAAAAAUGUUUGGUUUAUGCGAAAAGUUGAUGACACAUUUUGCUGUCAUUUUGACCGCAUUUCUCGUCUCCCAGCCGCUGUUGUUGUUGCUGAUUUGCGGGCCGCCAGCGACGCCGUAUGGCGGCAGUUCCACCUCAUCCUCGUCCAUCUUGGUGCAAGCAUCGGCAGCGGAUGAAGCCGUGGGCAAGUGGGCCACAAAGUUCGGGGAUGAGCUGUUCCUGCUGGCCCAGAAAAUCACCAAAUCGCAGGAGAUCAAGGAGAAGUACAAGGAGUUCAAUGCCCGUGUAGAGCUGAAGAACGGCACCGAGCUGAUCAAGUCAAUUACGGCCAAUGUGGGCAAGAUGCUGGCCCGCAAAAUGGACGCGGUGCGGUGCAUCCAGGAGAAGGCGGAGAGCGUCAAUGAGAACUUCGAGUUCAACCUCACCUACGCGGAGGCCAACUACACCUACUUCUCCAGCAAGUACUCGACGUUCAACGGGAACAGCUCCGAGGAACUGGAGCCGAAUGAAGCGGAGUUUGAGUGGAUGUACCGCGAGCUGGAACUCAAUCCGGACACGCACUUCUACAACACGCCCGUGGACACGAAGCACAGCUCGGUGCAUGUACCCUCCAACGUCUGGGAUCGAUCGAAGCGCGUGCUGAAGACCAUCAUGUGGUCGGAGCAGCUGGACGAGGUCUUCCGACAGAACUACCAGUCGGAUCCGGCCCUCUCCUGGCAGUACUUUGGCUCCGACACGGGCAUACUGCGUCAUUAUCCCGCCUCUCAAUGGACGGAUCCGCGUCCCAAUCGCCUGGACGCCGACACCUACGACUGUCGCAAGCGGUCCUGGUACAUUGAGACGGCUACGUGCUCCAAGGACAUUGUCAUCCUGCUGGACCACUCCGGCUCGAUGACGGGUUUCCGGCAUCACGUGGCCAAGUUCACUAUACGCAGCAUCCUCGACACCUUCUCCAACAACGACUUCUUUACCAUCUUCAACUACUCGGCCGGCGUGGACGACAUCAUACCCUGCUUCAACGGCGCCCUCGUCCAGGCCACGCCCGAGAACAUCGAGGUAUUCAACGACGCCAUCGCCAAACUGCCGGACCCGGAGGGCUACGCCAACCUCACGCUCGCCUACGAAAAGGCCUUCCAGCUGCUGCGCACCUACUACGAGGAGCGGAACUGCAACGCGACCUCCACCUGCAACCAGGCCAUCAUGCUGGUCACCGACGGCGUGGCCGGCAACACCACCGAAGUUUUCCAGAAGUACAACUGGGGGAAUGGCGAGAAUGGCACCUCCAAAAUGAACGUCCGGAUAUUCACGUACCUUCUGGGCAAGGAGGUCACGAAGGUGCGUGAGAUCCAGUGGAUGGCUUGCCUGAACCGCGGCUACUACUCGCAUGUCCAGUCCCUGGACGAGGUCCACGAGGAGGUGCUCAAGUACGUCGAUGUCAUAGCCACGCCCUUGGUGCUGCAGAAUGAACAGCAUCCGCCCACCUGGACACACGCCUUCACGGACAAGACGUAUGACCCAAAGACCUCGGUUGAUCGACGGCCCCGCCUCAUGAUAGCGGUGGGAGUGCCCGCCUUCGACCGAUUCUAUCGCCACGAGAACAGCACCAAUCGCAGGGCGCGUCUGUUGGGCGUGGCAGGAACAGACGUGCCCGUGGAGGACAUAGACAAGCUAACGCUUCCCUAUAAGCUGGGCGUCAAUGGGUACUCGUUUGUGGUGUCCAACAACGGGUAUGUUCUUCUGCAUCCCGACCUGCGACCCCUUGGGACCAAUGGCAAAAUGAAUCCCAACUACAACAGCAUCGACUUCACGGAAGUCGAACAUCUCUUCGAGGACCAGAGUCCGCGCGAGCCAGGCGAAUCGAUCCUCAAUAUACGCAGCGCCAUGGUGCGCCACGAGGCCAAGGAGUUCAAGGACAUCUCGGUAAAGUUUCACUAUGAUAAAAUGCGACGCGUGUCGGAGGAGAUGCAGGAUUACUUCUUUGCACCGCUGCCCAAUACCCCGUUCACAUUGGGCAUUGUGAUGCCCAGCGAGUAUGGCAAGACGUGGAUCAAGGUCGGCGAUGAGGUGCAAAGGAGCAUUCACAAAAAGGUCAACAUAUCAGACUUUUUCAUCGGCGAGAACUGGAAGGUGCAUCCAGACUGGGUCUACUGCAAGUAUCACUAUCUGGAGGGACACGAGUUCCAGACCCCCGAGGCGGAGCUGCGCGAGUUUCUGGGCAAGAUGGUCAAGGACGACUGGAAGUGGGCGGAGCAAUAUGCGGAGGACGAGUCCGAUUGGGAUGACAAGGACGAUUUGAACUGCGGCCGCAACACCCUCGGUAACGAUGCCUACUAUUGCAACAAGGAGCUGGUCCACCUGCUCAUCUUCGACGCCAAAGUGACAAACUCCAGCUACGGCGAAUGGAAGUUUGAGAACGAGGAGGAGCGCCAGCUAAUCGAACGCUUCGGUGCCACUCUGCGAUUCGUGGCCACAAUGAGUGGGCUGACCCGCUGGCAGUUCAUCUUUGGAGAGGUGGAGGUGGACACGGACCGGGAGUUCGGCGACUAUCAUACCACGGCCAUCGACGAAACCUGGUACAAAAGCGCCAUUCUGCAGCAUCACGAGGAUCGCACGGAGAGCUUCGUGUACUCCGUAAAGCACUACAACGAUCCAAUGGAGGACAGCGACCUCAAGGUGACCGCCUCCCAUGCCAUCUUCCCGCGAGAUGGUGGCAAGGAGGCACCCGCGUGCGUCGUCGGCUUUCAGUUCUCCCACGCCCGCAUGUGGGAGAGAUUCUUCAGCAUCACCGCUGUGGAUAACUGCAACCAUUGCCUGCCCAUCUGCACCGACGACGAUGUGGACUGUGUGGUCAUUGACAAUAACGCCUACAUUGUGAUUGGCCAGAACAUGAACACCACGGGAAAGUUCUUUGGCGAGUUCCAUGGCGACGUCAUGGCUGCCAUGGUGGAGAAGGGCAUCUUCCAGGCCAUCGAGGUGUACGACUACCAGGUGCAGUGCAAGGAGGAGCCAAAGACAAACAGCGAUGGACACAGCCUGCUGCAUCCCCUGCGCCUGCUGAGUCUGGGAUGGAAGUGGCUGGUGGCCCGGCUAUUCUUCCAGUACCAGAGGAUCCAGUGGUGGGUGGAUGGAGCACCCUUCAUGGAAUAUACGGACGAAAUCGAGGACGAAUACGUGGCCGUGGGGGAGAGUAAUUCAGCAUCGGCAGCCAAGCCGAAAGAAGAUUCCGACGAUGGCAAUGCCUUGUUCCAGGAACCCGAACCGGAUCCCAUCUACCAUCCCUGCGACAUGCGGUCCACGCUCUAUGCCCUCCAGCCCGCUGCCCUGAUUAGCAUCAACGAUUUUGUGGAGGUGCCAUCGACGCGCCCGUUUCUGGUCAAAAAGAUACCCAACUCCAACCUGCUGCUGGUCGUGGUCAAUGUCCUGAUGCCGUCGCGAAGUGUCCGACUCACCACCGAGCCCCAGCCGAUACUGGAAUACAGCAAGGAGUUUCCCUGCUACAAGCUCAAUAUGAGUUUCUACGAGAGACGGCGCCUCGAGGAGUGCUACACAGAACACGAGGAUGAGGAACUGUUCACCUAUUGCGGCAAUGCCUCGCGGCUGGGUCUGAAGCUCCAGCUGCUGCCGCUGACCAUAAUUUUGAUGUUUUACUUGACGCGCUGCUUUAUGCGUUAGAUUAUAUAUACACAACUAUAUACACAUAUGUACUAUACGAGUAUGCGAACGACGUUGAUCGAUUUGUUGAUUAUAAUUACCUAUAUAUAUAUAUAUAAUUUUUGUUUCCUAUAGAUUGUAAACUAUUCUGUAGUCCAAUUCUAGUCGAAUGUUUAACAAGCAAACCAAACCAAAACUGGCACAAUCUUUGGAACUAAACCACUUUUAGCGAGAGCAAUUUCAACUUUUAGACUUACAAACAAAACAAAACGCCAAAGAAUAAGAAACUGGUCUUACUUUAUAGAUAUAUUGAUGGAGAAUGCUGGAAGCGAGGCUAAAUUGAAGAUCCAACUAUACAAAGCAUAAAUUAAUUAAUUAAAAAAACCACCAGCCCCGAGAAAUGAUGAGUUCCGGGUGUCCCAGUGCCCCAACCCGUCAGUUUCAUAGAAUGUUAGCAGGUUAAGUUUUAAUAUACAUAACGCCUCUAGCUAAAGACCCACGUUUCAUUAACUAUUUUGAUAGUUUAUUAUGGUACAACCUAUGCCAAAUAUUAACAAAACAAAACAAAACAAACAAAAAAUAGGAGAUGGAAACCAAUUAUGUAAGCAAACGAAAAUAAUUCUAACGACAAUUAUUUUUGUAAUUUUAUAAAACUUAGUUGAUUUUUAUAAAGAUACAAAUUUAUGAAAACACAUAAUAUUACGAGUGAACAAGAAGCAUAAAAGAGAUGGCACACGAGACCCACAAACACUCACACUUAAAAAUAUUAUAAAUAUUUCGUCCCUUUUGUCCCAACCGCAGAAGAAGUCUUGAAGUAAUUUGUUAGCUUUUUUUGGAUACAAUCAAAAUGGAUUUAUACAUACUCGUACAUAUGUAUACACAAAUGGGUUAUAACUAAUUACGACUAUGUACUAUAUUUUAAGCGUUUACAUGGCAACAAAAACUAUGUUUUCCCAGUUGUUUUUGUACUGUAUAUUAUUGUGUGUAUUUUAUUAAAUGUACCCGUAUUUUGUAAAGAACAGAGUUAACAAUGAAAGCGCGCACACAGAUUGAUAGCACCCGAAUAGGACCACCUGCAAAGUACGAGUAUGCAAUACUUGUUACCCAAUCAUUGAUUGAUAAGUUUGUUCAUUGGAUCUUUUCUGGCCUUACACUUAGUCAAAAAUCUUAGCAGCUGUUACAUACACAAAAAGAGAAGCGAAACGAAACCAAACAAAACAAAACAAUACCAAACCGAAAAUGAAUACCAAAACCAAACAAUUGCCUUUGUAUCGUAUUUCGAAUGUGGAAACAUUUUAUGAACUUUAUGAAUUUAUGCAUAGAAAACUGAAAACCAAACCGUAGACGAGUGUUAAACGAAAAAAAUAACAAUUUAAAUUAGGAUUAUUUUCAAGUGAAUGAAAUCAAAAGGGGGACGCGUCCUCGAAGCGGAACUGAGGAGGAACAGACAGUGAGGAGGAAGGAUAAUUGAAAAGUAAACAGUUAACUAUUAAAUGUAAUUUUUUAAACAAACCAAAUUACUAAAACAAUAUUUAUUUUUUGGAGUGUUUAAACGUUGUAAAAUGUAUAAAAUAAUUACGAAACUAAAUCUACAUGGUAAUCUAGUGGUAUACGUGGAUUAGCUUCACAUUCAUAAAGAACACAUAUUGUAAUACGCGUAUUCAUCUCUUUGAGUUUAUCGCUCUUCUUAAUCACUACCUUUUCAAGCUCGACACGUAUACACAUUGUACAAGAAAUGUCCACUGAAACUGAAAAUGAUAAAAAUUUUAAAUUUCCUUAGCAAUAUAAAUGGCAUAGACGUUCGUGCGAAUUCGAACUUUUGAUGUUUAAAACAAAAUGCGGUUUGAAACUGACAAAAAAAAAAGAUGUACACAAACCAUGAAAUAUAUGAAGGAAAAAGAACAUACAACUAAUAAGUAAAUAAAAAGACCAAUAAAUGUUUAAA